ACGAACAGGAGGGGUUGGGGGUGGACUAAAAAAACUAAACGUGGAGCAGCCAGCCGGGGACCGAGAAGGGGUAAUCGAUGCAAGGAGCGCAAUAAAAAAAAACAGCCCACUUCGGAGCAAACAGCAUUUAAAAAGCUACGACUCGAGAUAACUGAAACCUAAAAUAAAACCUGCUCAUGCACCAUGGUUUUUCAAACUCGGCACCCUUCAUGGAUUAUUUUAUGCUACAUCUGGCUGCUCCGCUUUACACACACGGGGGAGGCGCAGGCUGCGAAGGAAGUACUACUACUGGAUUCUAAAGCACAACAGACAGAGUUGGAAUGGAUUUCCUCUCCACCUAAUGGGUGGGAAGAAAUUAGCGGUUUGGAUGAGAACUACACUCCCAUACGAACAUACCAGGUGUGUCAGGUUAUGGAACCCAACCAAAACAACUGGCUGCGGACUAACUGGAUUUCAAAAGGCAAUGCACAAAGGAUUUUUGUAGAAUUGAAAUUCACCCUGAGGGAUUGUAACAGUCUUCCUGGAGUACUUGGAACUUGCAAGGAAACUUUUAAUUUGUACUAUUAUGAAACAGACUAUGACACUGGCAGGAAUAUAAGAGAAAACCUAUAUGUAAAAAUAGAUACAAUUGCUGCAGAUGAAAGUUUUACGCAGGGUGACCUUGGCGAAAGAAAGAUGAAGCUGAACACUGAGGUGAGAGAAAUUGGACCUUUGUCCAAAAAAGGCUUCUAUCUUGCCUUUCAGGAUGUAGGGGCUUGUAUAGCUUUGGUUUCUGUCAAAGUGUACUACAAGAAGUGCUGGUCCAUUAUUGAGAACUUAGCUAUCUUUCCAGAUACAGUGACUGGUUCAGAAUUUUCCUCUUUAGUCGAAGUUAGAGGGACAUGUGUCAACAGUGCAGAGGAAGAGGCAGAAAACUCCCCCAGGAUGCAUUGCAGUGCAGAAGGAGAAUGGUUAGUGCCCAUCGGAAAGUGUAUCUGCAAGGCCGGCUACCAGCAAAAAGGAGACACUUGUGAACCCUGUGGCCGUGGGUUCUACAAAUCUUCCUCUCAAGAUCUUCAGUGCUCUCGGUGCCCAACUCACAGUUUUUCUGAUAAAGAAGGCUCCUCGAGAUGUGAAUGUGAAGAUGGGUAUUACAGGGCUCCAUCUGACCCUCCGUAUGUGGCUUGCACAAGACCUCCAUCUGCACCACAGAACCUCAUUUUCAACAUCAACCAAACCACAGUAAGCUUGGAAUGGAGUCCUCCUGCCGACAAUGGGGGGAGAAAUGAUGUGACCUAUAGAAUAUUGUGUAAGCGGUGCAGUUGGGAACAGGGUGAAUGUGUUCCCUGUGGGAGCAACAUUGGAUACAUGCCCCAGCAGACUGGAUUAGAGGAUAACUAUGUCACUGUCAUGGACCUACUAGCCCACGCUAACUAUACUUUUGAAGUUGAAGCUGUAAAUGGAGUUUCCGACUUAAGCCGAUCCCAGAGGCUCUUUGCGGCUGUCAGUAUCACCACUGGUCAAGCAGGUAUGUUUUUGUGUUUGUUUUCACUGAGUGAACAAUGCACCAGCAUAAGUGAGGUGUCUUCCUUCAAUAGUUAGUUAACUUGUCUAUACAGAACGUGAUUAUUCUAGUUCGUUGCUUACUCACACCUUCAACUUCUUUGUUGUUUCUCCUGUUUCAUGUUAAACCAUUAGUAUACUUGUUAAUAUCUCCACCAAAGAUCUGGUAGGAGAAAUAAAAGGAGAUGAAUGUGAACCAGUUAAGACUGACAUAAAACAAGCAGUUCUGUUGGAAGAUGUAGAGAAGGAGGAGAGGUAAAAUAUUGGAAAAAAUGCGGUAUAGGAUAUUUCCCACAUUUUUAUUUUUUUAUGUGGUACAUGCUCAUGAUUAUAAUCUGAACAUACUUAAGAAUAAUGUAAAAGUCAGCUGCACAGUCUUAGUAUUAACCAAUUUAUACUACAUAGAAUAUGAUCUGUGUAAUAUGUGGCAAGUCUGCAUUUAAAUUUGCAUGAAGGAAUUUUAAGUUCAUCAAUAGAUUUGUGAUCACAUUAAUGGCCAUAAUACUAGAAUAAGUAUUUGGCAGAUAUCAUGAGGGUUUCAAAAGAAAUAUCAUAACCCCAAUAAUUGUGAGCUUGUAGCUUAGCCGAAAAGCAGUUUUUCCACAUAUUUUCUUACUGGCCUUUGAGAUGCUCUUCUCAGUGAUUCUUUGUUGGCGUAAGUGUGUUUUGGGAAUACAAAUUGGGAAGGCAGUUUCAGAAAUUAUAGAGUCUCUAAACCUUCAGAAGUAUCAUGUUAUUGAAGAACAUUUCAGAAAUUGUGGAUUUUCUCAAUCUUUUGAAAAAUUCUUAACUGCUUAAGGAAUAUGCUGUGUAUUAGAUGGAGCCAAGUGCUAUGUCAUUGUCAUUAAUAAACUUAAACCUGCGCUGGAGCAUUGAGUUGUGCGAGCAUUGUAAUAGGCUUAUAAUAAGGUCCUCUUGGUCUUUGGCUGGCCGUCAACUAUUAACCAGUUUUAUCCUAAAUUCUUCGGCAUAGACUAAUCUAUUCUUCCUUUUCAUGCCAAUUUUAAUAAAAUGUUGCUAUUUAAAUUAUAUCUACAGAGUGAAAACUGUG